UUUAAUGAUAUAAUAGCGUGAUUAGUUGAUAUGAUAUAGUCUUGCCAAUAUGCAGUUUUCUAGACAGUCUACAUGUUUCUUUUGUAAACACUGAAUAUGACCUUACAAAAAGGUAGCUUGUGCAAAUGGUACCUUGUAAUUUUUCAAAUGCUCUUUUGCAUUCGUACUGUCAUGACUGAGGGCAGCUUCCACAGCUAUAGCUGCAUAUGCUUGCAUGUUCCCUUCCCUUUCUUUGGAGAUGAAAUUCUGUAUUCUUUGAGAUGCCUAGGGAACUUUUAUCAUUGGAAUCUCUUUGGGAGCAGUAUUGUGUACUAAGGGAUCCAUGGACAAAGAGAGGUGAUCUAGUAGCUCAUUGCUGCCCAAAGAUGGAGGUCUUGACUACUCUCCACUUCCAAACACUUUUGCUUUAUCUCUUGUCUCACCAUGUGUUUGGCUGCUUUGUGAGCUGUUUGCAUUUGCUAGACUAGUGGAAAAAUAACUCGGCAACAACAAAAAAUGGAGUAUUUUCAGGUAUCCUACUUACUGGAGUCAUUUCAGAACUCGUAAGCCUCACAGAUUCUUCAGCCAGUUUAAGGAAGAGUUUGGAAGGGCAGGUACUACUUUUCUUUUUGCUACUUGAAUCUCUAGCUGACCUGUUUGUUUCAUUUCAGCUUCAAAGAUGUUUAGCUGUGUGAUUAAAUAGAUCUAAUGGAGAUCUGUUAUUUUUUGCUGACAGUCAUUCAAACUCACUUGCAUUGGCGUUCACAAUCAGAAACUGAAUCUAGUGAACCCUUGAUGUUGGUUAGUCUGACCUACUGCUUAGGUUCUCCAGCAGACAACGCUACUGGAGUUAAAUGCCAUCCAUGAGUAUUAAAAUGCAGUAGGUCAAAUUGACAACGACUUCAUUUUUCCAUGCAUUCACACUUAGACACCAGGAUGCUUAAACAAGUAUGAGCAUGAACAUGGGCAUGAAAGAUGCCUAGUAGAUGUGUUUAUCAGAUUAUUUCCCCUUUGCUUGAUAUUCAUACCUUCUUUGACAUCUGCUAGGGAAUUUCUGGAGAAUGCUCUCUUCUGGAGUGUGAAGUAUUUUGCCAUAUUUGUUUGAACUUCUAUAAUUUUUUUCAGUAAAGGAGUGUCAUACAAAGUUGUACCAUCUUCCACCAGCAGCUGCGAAAGGUGUAUCAUCUUGCCCUUUCAUGGCAAAAAUUUUCAAGUAGCUUUUUUGUAUUAGAUGCUAAACUCUUUAAUCACUGUAGUUAUUAAUGGCCGUGCCUCAUGAUUCCAGAGCCAGAAUUACAAACAGGAAGUAUCAUCUCAGUAAGUCCAAGUUAAGAAAAUCUGGAUGAUUUCUGGAUGAUGUCUUGAGAUCAAAAUUAUCUUCAUUGAUACCCUCCAUACCCUUUUCAGGGGUCUGGGUCAUUAUGUUUUAUUACAGAUAUAGAUUUUUUUUUUAAUUGGGUAGACUUGGAUAUGAUAGAGAAUCUUUAGAGCAACAGUUUUUUCUGUGAAGCACCACUAAUACAGUUGCAAUUAGUACAGUGCCUUGUUUCUAUGCAGCUUACUAGUUUGCCUAUACAAAGCAGGCUUCUGUGCAAUGUGGCAUUUGGGAGCUACAUUUGUAUGCUGGUAUUAGAAACCCCUCACAUAAAUAAGCUUAGGACCACAGUCGCUACAUAGGAGUAGUUAUAGUGUAGUACAGACUGCCUUGCUUUGCUAACAAAAUGGUUCCUGCUCUUUGUACACAUGGGUGGGAGCCAGCAUGGAUUCAAGGGAACAAUAAGGCUGAUGUAUAAUGUGAAUUAUAGUGCAUCCUGUAUGCUACAACUAUGCAGAGCUUACUAAAAAUGUUAUUUAGGAAGUACAUUAUCAAAUAUAUUCAAAGGUUUAUUAUGCUGCUAUUAUUAUUUUUGAGAAGGUGACUUUUAAAAUGUUGCAGUGCUCUACUUUAUCCAUUUGAGGGCAGCUGUUCACCGAUGUUAAGAACUGUGGAAAACCUGUCUGGGGGUUCUGCUUUUCGCAUUUUAAUCUUUGUAUACUUGCCAGUACUUCAUUUUACAAAGAUAUGUCUUCACUGGACCAGCCAAAAAAAAAAAAAGAGGAGAAGUCUUCUGGAUUCUUAAGUUUACAGUUAAUACUCCCUGAUGCUCUCAAACUACUAUUUUCAAAAUCAGGUUGUCAGGCACUUGAAUGCAUCUAAAUAAAGCGAUCUGAUUUCAAACAUGAUCUUCUGAUUAAAAUGACAGACAGGCACCUUUUCUAGGAGCAUCACUGGAUAUCAACCCCACUUCAUUUAGAAACAGGAUGUUAGAGAUAUGUAUUACAAAGCAUUAAAGCUCAAAUUUUCAUAGUUUCACAUUUGUCAAGGUUAUAUUAAAAAUACACCCUUCUAAAGAUAACUGCAGCAGAGUGGCUUGUAAAAAUUUACAUUUAGAGCUUAGAUUAGACUCUUAUGUGUAAUAAAUAAAAAAUAAGUGAUAUCUAGUAUAUGCAAUGUAUUCCUGACACUUCUAAGAUAGCCAGCCCUCUCAACUUUUGUUUUCCUGUUACUCCCCCUUGAUGCUUACAUUAGACUUUAUCAUACUUUCAGGCUAAGGACUUUUACUUAUUAAAUAUUUGUAGCUGUCCAGCAAAGCUUUGGGCCUUUAAACAUUACUGUGAGACAUACUUACAAUCAGUAAUGUGUAGCAAAUCUAAGACUAAAACAAAAUCAUGAUAUAUGGAAACAAAACUGGGCCAACAAGAUCUCAUCUGCUAGUGCAAAUGUUUUUUUCUGGAAGACAGUGAUAAAAAAGGGGGAAUGUAGGCAGAGAGAAAACCCAAAGCUUUUCCUGAUUGCUAUGGUAAAGUGUGAAAUCUAGCAUGGUAAUUUCAUAUGGGACCAAAAAAAAAAAAAAGACUUUAGUUUGCUUUGGCUUUGUCCACUUAGGAAGGGGACUGCACUAAAUGUGAACAUCACACCUUUUUUCAGCUAGAAGUGUGUCCCUGUGGAAGCACUCUAGAAUAGCUUGGAAGUUCCUGAGGGUAUCUCAAGCCACAGAAGAAGUAGGGCUGACAAUCAAGAGUUUUGUCUUUUCAGAAGUGUGAGAAUAACCUGUGACUGGAGAUGUGUGCUGUGAGUGGUGCUUGGAGGGCGCUGUACUUCAGUCUUGUCUGCUCCCCAAUUGUAUGUAAAUUUGUAAUUGGGCCAAGUUGUGCUGCUAUUUUGCACUUGGGUUAUGAGCUAAUAGUUAAAUUUAAAAAAAAACGAGGGGAAAAAAAGGAAGGGACAAGUAAACAUGUAAAGUAGAAAUGUACUAUGCUCUUAUCAACUAAUAAUGGCUGGUACUAAAGUAGGGUUUUGCCACACUGUCAAAUUCUCCUUUCAGCAAUUGCGCAAGGAAAUAAUCUUUCAAAAUUGAGUUUACUUCAACAGUUUCUCUUAACGUGCACACGCAGACAUUUCUGUAUGCAAUUAAACGAAAUAUUGAGUACUUAUUAAACUAUAGUCUGAGGUUUGCUUUGUACAAAAUACUGUAUCUGAUCUUGUGUUACAUACAUGCUAUUCAAAUGUCAAAUUAUAUAAAUAUAAAUACAUUUUAUUAACCUUCCCACUCUGGAAUGACAGAGACAGCAACUUGUACAUCAAAAAUGGAAAACAUUGACCUGUUGCUUCUUUUUGAAUGACACAUCAAUAGGGAUAUGUUGAGUUGAUCUUUUUUGGGUUUUUGGCUCUGUUCUUCACUUUAGUUAUUCAAAAUAGAAACAAAAGGCUAAUUUUUCUCCCUCUUUGGAGUGCUUCAGUGAAGUUUUCUUAUUUGAGUGAAUCUAAGAUCUCAAGAAACCUUUCCAAAGUCUUCCAGCCAAGUGAAAGCCUAAUAUUUGUUGUAUAAAAUAUGAAGUAAUUCAGGAUGAAAUUAUAAACUGUGAUCUAAUGAUAUUGCUGUUGAGUACAGGAGAAUGGUAAGCUGUUUUUUGGAGUUUAUAGGAUGAAGUAUGAACAAGAAAAUGUAAAGGGUCUUUUAGAAAAGAGUGUAUGUCUAAAGGUGCUUUAGAAUGGCAUUUGAAUAGAAUGGCAGAAAAGAAAAAAAACAAUCAGGGUUUGAAAAUAUUGUGCUACCCAGCAUUCCAUCAUAGCAUUUCUGUAUGCAACAUCUGAAAAGAUAUAAGGGUUUCUUGUUGUUCAUCUGAGAAAGAGAUAUUUUGUUGUAAGUGAAUGCUUACAGUAAUGUGUGUAUACUCAGUGAAGCAUUAUGGUUUUUCAUAGUUGUUGUUGUUUGUUUGUUUGUUCAUUUUUUAACUGUUCAACAAGCAAAUGUUUGCUCAGGGGAGGCCCUCUAUAUGCAAGUGAGACAUGCUUACAGCUUGGCUUUUAAAGGGGAAACAAAUGGUAAGUGGAGAUGCUAAUACAGGCGUAUUUUAAUGCUGUCUUUUUGUGAAGUUUCAGUGUUGUGCUUCAAGCAUUAAAGCACUACUACACUCCCUCUUUUGCCCUCGCAUAAUUAUACAGUUAAUUAUCUUUGCUGGGUUGUGCAUAAAGGAACUUGUAAGAUUUCUUAAUGGUCAUUUAUUCACUGUGUUUUGGACUGUACCUACUCAGUGCAUACAAGGGCUCUGAUGGCUUUCUGUGUCUCUUAUCAGCAAUUUAAUAAGACAUUUUCAUAGGCUUUUAUCGCUUUCUACUUAGUUUUGCUCAAAAAGGUUUUCAAGAUUUGAAUAUAUUUUUAAGAAACAUGUCCAGGUAUAGGGAUCGGAAAGGGAUUGGGGGAACCUAGAGGCAUUGUAGGAAAGCUAGUUUGAUCAAGAAAUUAUUUAAAAUGGAAGUAAACUAAUUGCGGGUAAUGUGAGUAAUAGACAUUGCUGUUCUAGCUUCAUUUGGUGGAGUAAAAGCUUUUUUCCUGGAAAAUGGCCCUAAGUCAGGUUUGUUGCGAAGAGCAGACAGCCCUUUCCCCCGCGUCCUUUGGGAGAUGCUGUUCUGGGAGAAGGAGCCCUCCUCCUUUCCAUCAGAGUGGCGGGUAGGCCUGAGCAAACUGGUACUCAAACCUGUGAUGGCCAGAGAAGGGAAGAAUGUUCAAGUACCAUUGCAGCCCUAGAGCCAAAACCCCCUGGAUCCUGCUCCCCCCCCAGCAGCAGGGAAGGGGAAGAGGUACAGCUGGGCUACCUGCACAUAAGUAAGGAGGGCCAGGAAGAAAGAGCUAAAAAUCACUGUAUAGGUGAAAAAUACGUUGAUAGCCUCUACUUUUAAUAAAAAAGCAUGUUUUGAGCCAAUACCUUAAUUUUAGGGGACUUUCUUUUUCUUUUCUGACAUGUUGUGUGUUGGGGUUUUUUUGUUUGUUUUGUUUUGUUUCCUUUUUUUAACAUAUUGUUUGUGGAGAUGGUGGUUGAGAAACAGCAAAGUCCAGGUCAGCUUUUUAGUCACUAGCUGUCAAAUUUAUUGGAAGUCCAGAAGUCUGCCUGGAGAGUGAUGGAGUUGAUCCUGCAGUAACACUGUUACUGUCUGAAGGUUGCAAUCUCCUUGGGUUCUUCUUCUGAAAGCACAAUGCCAACUUAUAAAAAAAUAAAUACCAAUAAAAAAAAAAAAAUCAUCUUUUAAAGCACAGGCAUAAGCACCUGUGGCUAUUAAAACUCCUGACAGUCAUGAUUUUCUUCUUCUUUUUCAAUCUGCGUAUCCUGUUUUGGAGAAGGGCUCCUCUGACAUUGCAGGGGAGGUUCCACCAGCUGUGUGACUGGCAGGCGCAGUCUGCCUGCCCCUUGGUAGUUUAAUUCCUGUCUAUACUAGGAUAGCUUGCACUUCACUGAGCAGCAGACAGGUCAGGACACUUGGCAGAAGGCUGAGAGACAAAGGCAGCAGGCUGCGGGGAGCCGAAUCACCAAUCUGAAACUUUUUUUUUAAAAAAAAAAGUCAUGCAACUCUAAAAGCAAAGUCUUUAGCAAUGUUCUUGCAUUAUUAGUAGACCUCACAAAGUAAGAACGAUAAAAUGUCCAAACCUGGGAAAACUGCCAUCAACCAUGGCUUGGUUCCUGUUGAUCUUAAAAGUGCCAAAGAACCUCUACCACACCAAACCGUGAUGAAGAUAUUUAGCAUCAGCAUCAUUGCACAAGGCCUGCCCUUCUGCCGUAGGCGGAUGAAGAGAAAGUUAGACCAUGGCUCCGAGGUCCGUUCUUUCUCUCUGGGAAAGAAACCCUGCAAAGUCUCAGAAUACACAAGUACUACGGGGCUGGUGCCAUGCUCUGCCACACCUACUACUUUUGGGGACCUGAGGGCAGCCAAUGGCCAGGGACAACAGCGUCGCCGCAUCACAUCUGUGCAGCCACCAACGGGCCUUCAGGAAUGGUUGAAAAUGUUUCAGAGCUGGAGUGGACCAGAGAAGUUACUUGCUUUAGAUGAACUGAUUGAUAGUUGUGAACCAACACAAGUAAAACACAUGAUGCAAGUGAUAGAGCCCCAGUUUCAAAGAGACUUCAUUUCCUUGCUCCCAAAAGAGCUGGCACUGUAUGUGCUGUCAUUCCUGGAACCCAGGGACCUUCUGCAGGCAGCCCAGACAUGUCGUUACUGGAGAAUUCUGGCCGAAGAUAAUCUUCUCUGGAGAGAGAAAUGCAAAGAGGAGGGGAUUGAUGAGCCAUUACAUAUCAAGCGGAGGAAAGUAAUCAAACCAGGCUUUAUACACAGUCCGUGGAAAAGCGCCUACAUUAGACAACACAGGAUUGAUACCAACUGGCGGCGAGGAGAACUGAAAUCGCCUAAGGUGCUCAAGGGCCACGAUGACCACGUGAUCACUUGCCUUCAGUUCUGCGGGAACCGAAUAGUGAGUGGCUCUGAUGACAACACGCUGAAAGUGUGGUCGGCGGUGACAGGCAAGUGUUUGAGAACAUUGGUUGGGCACACAGGCGGAGUCUGGUCAUCACAGAUGAGGGACAACAUCAUCAUCAGUGGAUCUACAGACCGAACGUUGAAAGUCUGGAACGCUGAGACUGGCGAGUGUAUCCACACCCUGUACGGACACACCUCUACUGUGCGCUGCAUGCAUCUCCACGAGAAGAGAGUGGUCAGUGGGUCACGAGAUGCUACACUGAGAGUUUGGGACAUAGAGACGGGCCAGUGUUUACACGUUCUGAUGGGCCACGUAGCUGCAGUUCGGUGCGUUCAGUAUGACGGCAGAAGGGUUGUAAGUGGUGCAUAUGAUUUUAUGGUCAAAGUGUGGGAUCCGGAGACAGAGACCUGUCUGCACACGCUGCAAGGGCAUACUAACAGAGUCUACUCAUUACAGUUUGAUGGUGUCCAUGUGGUGAGUGGAUCUCUCGACACUUCCAUCCGGGUUUGGGAUGUGGAGACGGGCAACUGCAUUCACACACUGACAGGCCACCAGUCUCUCACCAGUGGAAUGGAACUCAAGGACAAUAUACUCGUGUCUGGGAAUGCCGAUUCUACAGUCAAAAUCUGGGACAUUAAAACAGGACAAUGUUUACAGACAUUGCAAGGUCCCAACAAGCAUCAGAGUGCUGUGACCUGUUUACAGUUCAACAAGAACUUUGUAAUUACCAGCUCAGAUGAUGGGACUGUAAAACUUUGGGACUUGAAAACGGGUGAAUUUAUCCGAAAUUUAGUCACAUUGGAGAGCGGGGGAAGUGGAGGCGUCGUGUGGCGGAUCAGAGCUUCUAACACAAAGCUGGUGUGUGCAGUUGGAAGCCGCAACGGGACUGAGGAAACAAAGCUGCUGGUGUUGGACUUUGACGUGGAUAUGAAGUGAAGGGCAGAAAGAUGAAUUUGUCCAAACGUGUAGACGAUGUUCUCCUUUCCCUCCCCCUGAAAAAAAAAAAGAAAAAAAAAGAAAAAAAGAAAAAGGAAAAAAAUCCCUUGUCCUUGGUGGUGCAGGAUGUUGGCUUGGGGCAGCAGAUCCUAAAGACCUACAGACUACGAAGGAGAAGACAAAGAUGACAAACUAUAAGUGACAAGAGAGGCAUUUGCUGUCUCGUCACAUAAAAAGGCUACACUUUUGACCGGGGCAGCUUUGCAAAAAUACGACUUUGGAAAUGAAACCAGGUGCAAUUUUUUCUUUACUUUCCUCCAACUGCUCUUGGAGCACUUUGGAGGCAAAAAAAAAAAAAAAAAAGUUACCGUUCUUGUUAACAGGUUGUUUUACCACAAAGCUCUUGAAAGAAGCUGCCCGGGCAAGUCUGCUGGCGCAGCCCCGGGCCAGCAGGUCCCGGCAGCCCCUCCAAGCAACGCGCUCUCCCCCAGCCCCACUGGGGCAGGGGCUGGAGCGGACGCCCUCCAGCCGGCCCUUCCAACCUCUACCAGCAGUCACUGGUUGACUUUCAAAAACUAGAGAGCAUCUGUAAUGAAAACACAAAAACAAAGAGUCCAUUCCUGGUGUGGAAAAGCUAAAAUAUUACUGUGAAUUGUUUUGUACAGUUUUAUCAGAGCUUUUUCUUUUUUUUUCUUUUAUUCCUCUUUUUUUUUGCCAACCAUUGCCAAUGUCAAUCACAGUAUUAGCCUCUGUUUAUCUACUUACUGUUGCUUCCAUCUACACUCUUCAACACAUAAGUUGCUCUGAGGUGGCAAGUUGUCCUGGGUUUUGAGAGUCCUCUGAUGGAUUUAAUUCGCAAUGCUGGUGCUAGAAGUAGGUCUUCAAUUACGGGAUUGUUGUCCCACCCCUGUACUGUAUUCCCAGUGGCCAAACUUAUUUAUGCUGCUAAAUGAAAGAAAGAAAAGCAAAUUAUUUUUUUUUAAUUUUUUUUCUGCUGUGACGUUUUAGUCCCAGACUGAAUUCCAAAUUUGCUCUAGUUUGGUUACAGAAAAAGACUUUUUGCCACUGAAACUUGAGCCAACUGUGCCUCUAAGAGGCUGAGAGUGGAAGAGUUUCAGACAAUUAAGAGUGAAGUUUGCCUGCAAAUAAAGAAUUGAGUGUGUGUGCAAAGCUUAUUUUCUUUUUUUCUGGGCAAAAAUUAAAACACAUUCCUUAGAACAAAGCUAUUGCAGCCUGUUCUGUGGGGAAAUUUUUCUUUGUGAGGGCUGUGGUGAAUGGAAUGAACAUACAUUAAAAAAAAACUGACAAAAUUUUUAAAAAAUAUUAUAAAAUACAAAAAUGAAAAUAAAGUUGCUGGUCAGUCUUAGUGUUUUACAGUAUUUGAGGAAAAAAAAACAACAGCUGUUACAGUUAUUGCUGGGAGGAACUGACAGAGCAAAAACUUCGGUUUUUGUAAACAUGUCACAUGAAACAAAAUGAGAAAGGAAAGAGUCAAAUGGUUUGCCUCAUUCUCCAAGAGCCACAACUCAAGCUGAACUGUGAAAGUGGUUUAACACUGUAUCCUAGGCGAUCUUUUUUCCUCCUUUUUUUUUUGUUUUAUUUAUAGUCUGAUUUAAAACAAUCAGAUUCCAGUUGGUUAAUUUUAGUUAUGUAACAACCUGACAUGUUGGAGGAAAACAACCUUUAAAGGGAUUGUGUCUAUGGUUUGAUUCACUUAGAAAUUUUAUUUUCUUAUAACUUAAGUGCAAUAAAAUGUGUUUUUUCAUGUUA